AUGUCUUCACCCAUCACGUCCAACAUCGUCAUCAUCGGCGGCGGCCUCGCAGGCCUCACCCUGGCCCUCUCCCUCCACCAACGCGGCAUCCCCUGCACCAUCUACGAAGCCCGCCCCGAGUCGGCCUCGACCCCCGGCGCGCUGAUGCUCUCGCCCAACUCCCUCCGCAUCCUCGACCGCCUCGGCAUCUACGCCCACAUCCGCUCCCAGGGCUACAACUUCCAAACCGUCGCCUUCAAAAACGCCGCCGAAGAAACCACCGACCUCUACCACCUCGGCGGCACCGCCCACUACGACUACGACUGCCUCCGCCUCUACCGCCAGACCCUCCUCCUCGCCCUCCGCGCCGCCGCCGCCGCCGCCAACAUCCCCAUCCACUACUCCCACAAAUUCUCCCACAUCAUCACCCCCACCGACCCCUCCACCAACGCCAUCACCUUCGCCCUCACCACCCCGGGUACCCCCCUCACCACCACCACCCUCACCGCCUCCCUCCUCAUCGCCGCCGACGGCAUCCACUCCAAACUCCGCACCACCCACGUCGCCCCCUCCGCCCUCGCCACCUACGCCAACACCCUCGCCAUCACCUUCGCCACCUCGCGCGCCCGCGCCCUGCUCCCCGCCACCCACCCCACCUCACCCGUCGCCAUCCACGGCCCCCGCGGCGCCUUCGUCCUCGCCCCGCAGUCGGCCGACGGCGUCUCCGCCCUGCUCGCCGGCACGCAGGUCGCGAACUACCCGGAGCAGACGCGCGCGGGGUGGGAAGAGCUGGGGAAGGAUGAGGAGAGGUUGGUGGGGAUGUUGAGGGGGGAGGGGUGGGAGGGUGGUGUCGAUGGGGAUGGUGGUGGUGUGGGGGAGAAGGCGGAUGCGUGGCCCCCGACCGUGAGGGCUGCGCUGCGGGAUAUCCCGCGCGACUCGCUGGCCAUCUGGCCGUACUACAGCGUGCCGCGGCUGGAGAGCUGGGCGGACGAGCGGGCGCGCGUGGUGGUGGUGGGGGAUGCGGCGCAUGCGAUUCCGCCGACGGCGGGGCAGGGGGCCAGUCAGGCGUUGGAGGACGCGGUGACGUUGGCGGAGGUGGUGGGGGAGUUUGAGGGGGGUGCUGGGGAGGGGGAGUGGGCGGCGGCGGUGGGGAGGUGGCAUCGGUAUAGGCAGGGGAGGGUGGAUCGCGUGGUCGAGUUGACGAGGCGGUUGAAUAAUACGAGGUUGCCGGCGGAGGAGAGGGCGAAGCUGGGGGAGGGGGAGGUGUGGAAGAGUGGGGGCGAGGGGGAGUUGGCGUGGCUGUAUAAUGCGGAUGUUGUGGAGGAGUUGAGGGCGUUUGAGGGGUAG